CACAUUGUGCGAUUGAUCGUUCUAGGGACAGUACGAAAACAAUGUUAAUGGAGGCAAUUUGAAAGUUAUUUCGCAAAAUAAGUUAUUUGUAAUUGUGUGUCUUCAUUAUUUUUAAGCAAUAUUGCAACGGAAUUUAUCUAAAAUUGUUUACUAUAUUCUUUCAAAAUCAAAGGAAAUGUUACUCUCCAUUUGCUUCACGGCGCUGGUGGCUUCUGCUUCUGUAACUGUAAUUGUUGGCGCACCAGGAGAGGCAGACUUCAUCCAGAUUCCACCCGAUAAGUGCCUUAUUUCGCUUGAUGAUUUCUAUGACAAGGUUGUCGGCAACUAUUACACAUCUCCGUUAGUCAUGACGUCCGGUCGUAUAGGGCAAGCGGACGCCAAACAUUUCGCGCAGAGGUCAAACUUUCUCUGGAGUGUAUUGGAUGAUGGCAGAGUGGUGAGGACAACCGGAUACUGGUCAAGCAUCACCAAUGCAUGUUUUAACCUCGAGGAAAUAUGGCCGAAUGUGAACUGUAACAGCGCCGCUUUCCUACCGCUUGGAAGAGCUGGCGACUUUGAUGACCCUGUUCAGCGCCCGGAAUUCUUGAUAAGUUGUGACCCUGAAAAUUAUCUAGUACGAGUCUUAUGUGGCCAACCUGAACUCAUUUCCAACGGCGUCUGCACCGUGGGUGCUGCUUUUCUCCUAGUCCGUGAUCACCGCAUAGACGAAGACGGUGACGGAUUCCUUAAUGAAGAACCAGACUAUAGUGGAACAGACUGGUGCAAGAUUGACAGUCUAAUUACAGAAUGCCUUGGCUCAAGACUGGUACAUUGGCAGUGGAAUAUGUUGCCUAAACAUGAUUGUGCAAGACCCAGAUGAAACGGCUAUUCGUUAUACCAAUAGCCAAUGCUGCGUCGAUUGUACUGUAUUGCAAAGUAAAAUAAAUAAACGUUGAAAAACCCUU